AUGAUGGAAAACCCGCCACUGCGCGUGGGCAUCUUGGCAACCGGAAGCCAUCCAAUCCAAACAAUCUACCUUCCAGCCCUGCACGCCCUUCCAACGCUCUUCAGUAUAAGCGCCGUCUACUUCUCCACGCAGUCUCAAGAACCCGCCGUUCCCGUCACCGCAAAUGGCACAGCCACCAAGAGCACCACCAAAAAUCCAGACACCAUCCUCUCAGACCCCGACAUCAAUCUGAUCCUGAAUUUUAUGCCAAAUGAGUACCACGAGCUCUACACUAUCGCCGCCCUCCAGGCCGGUAAGCAUGUAAUGGUCGAAACGCCAGUGAGCCUGAGCAUCCCCUCCGCGAGAAGGAUAAUCGAGGCGGAGAAGGAUGCGCCGAAUGGAGCGAGGGUCUUUGUUGCUUCGGCUAGGCGGUAUGCACCGUGCUUCGAGGAUGUCUUCAAGAAGGAGGUAAGAUCGCUGGAGAGGAUUCACUAUGCGCGGUGUCGGAUGAUCGCGGGCCCGCAUGCUGCGCAUACGGCGACGAAAGCGAGGGUCGGUGCUGGGGCCAUCGAAGGUGAAGGUCGGGGGCCGCCAUUCAUCAAAGAACCAGGAGAGGACAGGACGAAGCGCCUAAGAGGGCUGUUGGAGGAAGUGUUUGGGAAGGACGAGCAACCAAGUCAAGAGCGAAUGGCGCUAAGCCGGUUCCUUGCCUCGCUAGGAUGCCACGAUCUUGGGCUCAUGCGGGAUACACUGGGAUACCCGGAUGCAAUCUCGAAUAUCUCCGUGAAUGAGCCGUUCUACUCGGCGCUUUUCCACUACAACGGUGGUGUUGUCGAAGGUGCUCAUCCACACCCAUUCACCUUGAUGUACGAGACUGGAACAGACUGUGUCCCACGUUGCGACGCUCAGCUGGCGGUGUACAGCCAAACCAAGACCGUGACCAUCCAUUAUGACCUGCCCUAUGCGCGGGGUCAGCCUGUACGCGUGGUUGUCGAGCAGGCCGAUGAGCGUGGCGGACUGAUGCAGACUGAGACUGUGAGUACGUGGGAAGAGACAUAUCAGGAAGAGCUCAAGGCACUGUACGCAUACCUGGUCGAAGGGAAAACGGCGAGAACGACGGCGAGAGACUCGCUCGAUGAUAUAAAGCUGUUCCAGACUAUAUUUGAGCAGUAUGAUCGGCAGUGUGGGACAAGUCGGACUCCACUUGGUUAG